GCAAGCUACUAGGCACCACAGAGGGCAGACGCCUGGGAGGUGGGGUCCUUUGCUCGCGCCGAAAUUCAAAGGAACAGUUCCGGCACGGUGGUUGGGCUUGGGCACGUCUGUCGCCGGGAUGCUGGCGUUCACCCGGUAGCGCCCCAAUACAGAGCUGGCUCGUAGCUUGUUACCUAACCGGCUUGCUAGACGAAGACAGUAUAGAAAAUGUAUGUUAAAUCAAUCAUUCUCGAAGGAUUCAAGUCCUAUGCACAGAGGACUGAAGUCAAUGGUUUUGACCCCCUCUUCAAUGCUAUUACUGGUUUAAAUGGUAGUGGAAAAUCCAAUAUAUUGGACUCCAUCUGCUUUCUCCUAGGCAUCUCCAAUCUGUCCCAGGUGCGGGCUUCUAAUUUACAAGAUCUGGUUUAUAAAAAUGGGCAGGCUGGAAUUACCAAAGCCUCUGUUUCAAUCACUUUUGAUAAUUCUGACAAAAAGCAAAGUCCGUUAGGAUUUGAAGCUCAUGAUGAAAUCACAGUAACAAGACAGGUGGUUAUUGGUGGCAGAAAUAAAUAUUUAAUCAAUGGAGUGAAUGCCAAUAACACCAGAGUCCAGGAUCUCUUUUGUUCUGUGGGCCUGAACGUUAACAACCCUCACUUCCUCAUCAUGCAGGGCAGAAUUACAAAAGUAUUAAAUAUGAAACCACCAGAGAUAUUAUCCAUGAUUGAAGAAGCUGCUGGAACCAGGAUGUAUGAAUACAAAAAAAUAGCUGCCCAAAAAACUAUAGAAAAAAAGGAGGCUAAGCUGAAAGAAAUAAAAACGAUAUUGGAAGAAGAGAUCACUCCAACUAUCCAAAAAUUAAAAGAGGAAAGAUCUUCUUACUUGGAGUACCAGAAAGUAAUGCGAGAAAUAGAGCAUCUGAGUCGUUUAUAUAUUGCUUAUCAGUUCUUGCUCGCGGAAGAUACCAAAGAGCGCUCAGCGGGGGAGUUAAAGGAAAUGCAGGAUAAAAUACUAAAGCUUCAAGAAGCACUGUCAGAGAAUGAAAAAAAAAUAAAGGCUCUCAAUUGUGAAAUAGAGGAGUUGGAGAAAAGAAAAGAUAAGGAAACCUCAGGCAUACUCCAAUCUUUAGAGGAGGCUUUUGCAGAAGCUCAGCGGGUUAAUACUAAAUCUCAAAGUGCAUUUGAUCUUAAGAAGAAAAACCUGGCUAGUGAGGAAACCAAACGCAAGGAGCUAGAAAAAAACAUGAUUGAGGACUCUAAAGCCUUAGCAGCAAAGGAAAAAGAAGUUAAAAAGAUAGCAGAUGGGUUGCAUAGCCUUCAAGAAGCAAGUAAGAAAGACGCUGAAGCUUUGGCCACUGCACAACAGCACUUCAAUGCUGUUUCUGCUGGCUUGUCCAGUAAUGAAGAUGGAGCAGAAGCAACUCUGGCUGGUCAGAUGAUAGCCUGUAAAAAUGAUAUAAGUAAAGCUCAGACUGAGGCCAAGCAGGCUCAGAUGAAGCUGAAACAUGCCCAGCAGGAGUUAAAGAAUAAGCAAGCAGAAGUCAGGAAGAUGGACAGUGGCUACAAGAAGGAUCAAGAAGCUUUUGAAGCUGUAAAGAAAGCUAAAGAAACACUUGAAACCCAAAUGAAGAAGCUUAAUUAUGAAGAAAACAGAGAGGAAAAGCUUCUGGAGAAGCACAGGCAGCUGUCUCGUGAUGUCAGUAAUCUGAAAGGAACUUAUGAAGCUCUCUUAGCCAGAUUCCCCAAUCUUCGCUUUGCAUACAAGGACCCAGAGAAGAACUGGAAUAGAAAUUGUGUGAAAGGACUUGUAGCUUCUCUGAUAAGUGUGAAAGAUAAUUCAGCAGCCACAGCUUUGGAAUUGGUAGCUGGAGAACGACUCUACAACGUUGUAGUAGACACAGAGGUUACUGGUAAGAAGCUACUAGAAAAGGGGGAAUUGAAGCGUCGAUACACAAUAAUUCCUCUCAAUAAAAUUUCAGCCAGAUCUAUUGCUCCUGAAACUCUGAAGAUUGCUCAGAAUCUUGUUGGUGCUAACAAUGUUCAUGUAGCUCUUUCCUUGGUUGACUAUAAACCGGAACUUCAGAAAGCAAUGGAAUUUGUCUUUGGAACAACAUUUGUUUGUAACAAUAUGGACAAUGCCAAAAAAGUGGCCUUUGAUAAAAGGAUAAUGACCAGAACUGUAACUCUCGGGGGUGAUGUAUUUGAUCCUCAUGGAACAUUGAGUGGAGGUGCUAGAUCCCAGGCAGCUUCCAUCUUAACCAAGUUUCAAGAACUCAAAGAUGUUCAGAAUGAGCUGAGGAUCAAGGAGAAUGAGCUACAUGCUCUGGAGCAGGAGCUAGCGGGUCUUAAAAAUGUUGCUGAUAAGUAUCACCAACUGAAACAGCAAUGGGAGAUGAAGGCAGAGGAGGGAGAUUUGUUGCAAACCAAACUUCAGCAAAGCUCUUAUCAUAAGCAACAAGAAGAAUUAGAUGCUCUUAAAAAAACCAUUGAGGAAAGUGAGGAGACAUUAAAAAACACCAAAGAAAUACAAAAGAAAGCUGAAGAAAAGUAUGAAGCAUUGGAGAAUAAAAUGAAAAAUGCAGAAGCUGAAAGAGAGAAAGAACUGAAGGAUGCUCAGGAAAAACUGGAUUGUGCCAAAACAAAGGCAGAUGCAUCUAAUAAGAAAAUGAAAGAAAAACAACAGGAAGUUGAAGCUAUCACUCUGGAGCUUGAAGAACUCAAAAGAGAACAUGUAUCUAAUAAACAGCAGCUUGAUGCUGUGAACGAAGCCAUCAAAGCCUAUGAAGGUCAGAUGGAAAUAAUGGCAGCAGAGGUAGCUAAAAAUAAGGAAGCAGUGAAUAAAGCUCAAGAUGAGCUGAUGAAGCAAAAAGAAAUAAUAAUGGCACAGGACAAUAUAAUUAAAGAGAAAUGUGCAGAAGUGGCAAAACACAAUUUACAGAACAAUGAUUCUCAACUUCAAAUUAAGGAGUUAGACCACAGCAUAAGCAAACAUAAGCGGGAAGCUGAUGAUGCUGCUGCGAAGGUAUCCAAAAUGUUGAAUGAUUAUGACUGGAUUAAUGCUGAGAAGCAUCUCUUUGGCCAACCUAAUAGUGCGUAUGAUUUCAAAACAAACAAUCCCAAAGAAGCUGGUCAAAGACUUCAGAAGUUACAAGAAGUAAAAGAGAAACUAGGAAGAAAUGUCAACAUGAGAGCUAUGAAUGUACUGGCCGAAGCAGAGGAGCGAUAUAAUGAUUUGAUGAAGAAGAAAAGAAUUGUAGAAAAUGACAAAUCCAAAAUCCUUGCAACUAUAGAAGAUCUUGACCAGAAAAAAAACCAGGCCCUAAAUAUUGCUUGGCAAAAGGUGAACAAAGACUUUGGCUCUAUUUUUUCUACCCUUUUGCCUGGUGCCAAUGCUAUGCUUGCACCACCAGAAGGGCAGACAGUUUUAGAUGGUCUGGAGUUCAAGGUUGCCUUAGGAAAUACAUGGAAAGAAAACCUAACUGAGCUUAGUGGUGGUCAGAGGUCUCUAGUGGCUCUCUCACUAAUAUUGUCCAUGCUCCUCUUCAAACCUGCUCCAAUUUAUAUUUUGGAUGAGGUGGAUGCAGCCUUGGAUCUCUCUCACACCCAAAAUAUUGGACAGAUGCUGCGUACACACUUCACACAUUCUCAGUUCAUUGUGGUGUCCCUCAAAGAAGGUAUGUUCAACAAUGCAAACGUCCUCUUCAAAACCAAGUUCGUGGAUGGUGUUUCUACAGUAGCCAGAUUUACUCAGAGUCAAACAGGGAGAAAGGAAGCAAAGGCUAAGGGAAAAUAACCCAACUGAGCAUGUGCCAGAAGUUCAGAGUACAGACUUCUCACCUUGACCUUUUUACAUAUGAACUUUCAAGAAUUUGGGAUCUAAGUUGUUUAUAUAAUACUGACAUUAUUUUCUUAUUUAAUCCUUUAUUGCUUGUAAAAGAGUAGAUUUUUCUUACCUGGUAUGAUUAUGGUCCAAUUAUUGUAGCUAUUAUUGCAUGUGUAUCAUUUUUUUCAAGCUCUUUUUACAUAUUAAGGAACUGAAAUAUGCCCAGUUGGUAAAUUUCAGUGUGCAAAAGCCAAAAAUACAAAGAAACAGAUGAAGUUAUAGGAUAAAUAUAGCUGACAGUCAGCUUUUAACUAGUUUAAUUUCUAAGGGCAGUAUCAAUGAAUUUUCUUUUGCUUAUAAAGUCAUUUGAAUGCAGAAAAAAUUACAAAACAAGUUGCCGGACCAAUAAAGGGAACACAUAGCAAUUAUGUAUGCACUGAGCUAUUUGAGGCCAGUUUUGUGGGAAUAAUUUGCCAGAUCCUCAAAUGGGAAGUGUAUCUUGAAAUUUUUUCAUAUUAAUGAUGUUGGACUAUCAUGUUUGUGUAUGUUUAAUAAUUGGUCUCCACAAGCUAGAAUUUUGGGUGUUUCUUAAGCUUUGAAUAUUUUAAUAGAAGCUUCAGAAGACCUGUGUUGUAUAUGAACAUGAUGCACAGUAUUACUCUCGAUUGCUCUAUCUAAAGUCCUCUACUAUUUUUAAAGAUUUUUGUCAGGAUUCUUAUCAUCUAAUCAGUAUCCUUGUUGAAUGUGGGACCUAGCAGAUUACAUGAAAAGUGUUUUUUACAAGAGUCUGGUAAACCUAAAUAAGUCUGCCUUUUUUUACCAAAAUAACUCAAAAGUUUGAUGAUUGAUAUAAUUCUUGGUGCCUUCUCCUUGUCCAGGUCAAAGGUAAAACUGCUUUAAGAAACAGGAGUCAGAGCUAAUACACACCUUGAGAUCCUCACCUGCAGCUCUUACAUUUCCACCUCAGCACCUCCACACUUAGAGUCCUCAUAGCUCUAGUGUCAUCUAAUCUGUUUACAUAUUUUGGCCCCGUUCCUUUCUAAUAAUUAAGCCUUAAUUCCUUGAUGUUCUAUUUCCUUUGAUGCAUCAUACAGGCCCUGAGUUGGACAUUUCUCAAACAUUUCUCAUACGUAUCUGUGAUGCUCUUAAGUAUUUGUACCCUGAAACAUUUUGGCAAUUAUAUCAUCUGGAGGGAAGAGACACUAAAAUACUGACCUGCAGACAGUAUAGAUCACAGAUAAUGGACCUACACAGUCUGUUGUUACCCAGGGUGUUAUAAACCGUUGGUCAAAACAGUUGUGUUUAUUCACACUGCCACUGAUACAAUAUUCUGAUUUAGUUGCAGUCUAAUCAAUGCCAGCUGUUAAUAUUUUGGAAUAGGCAGUUGUAAAUUAGCACUGAAUUGCUGUUUUAACCAGCAUUUUUUGAAUGACUUAUAAGGUUUACUAUUUUGUGUGAUUUUUCUUUCUUUGUAAAUUAUUUCCUUGUAUGCUUUCCAGUCUUUUUGUGUUAUAUAUAAUUUUGCUCUUAAAUUUUUGUGCAUAUAUUAAAUUUCUGUAAGGCAUAUUAAA